AUGAAAUUGUGGAAAUCCAAGAAGCCCAUCGGUGGCUGUGUGCCCGGCAAGUCCAGCGCUCUGAAGCAGGAGCAGGAGCUGACCACCAAACAGCAGCAACAGCAGCAGCAACAGGACUCCAAUGGCAUUGCGCUGGCGCCCAUGCUAUCUGUUGACCGCGCGAUGAGCCCCGCGCAAUCCGAAGACUCCGGCCUGGCACCGGAACGGGGCACCACCUAUGCAACGAUCACGCUGCCGCGCAAUGCCCUCCAUUUGGCCAUCAAUUUUGCAGAGCGCAAUGAUUUGUCCUAUCCACCUGUUAUUGGGGCCCUCAAUCCUGUGGGUCAUGCGGCCGACUUUCUGGCGCCGGGCGAUCGCCUGCACCAAAUCGAUGGCAUCUCGACAAUCGGCCUAAGCAAUCAGAAGAUCAUGAAUAUGCUGUGCGCCACCGGAGCGGACACGGCACCGGCCAUAGUGGAGAUCGAGUACUCUCUGCCCGAAUGCACAGUUUCCCAAAAUAGUCUGUAUGUUACCUCGAAACUGGCACAGAUCACCGUGGAGCGAGAGAGCGGCUGCCUGGGCUUAACGUUGCGGGGCGGCGCCGACUAUCCGCUGAUCGUGACGCACGUGAGACUGCACGGCCCCGUCUACAAGACCGGCCGGAUCAAGCCCGGCGAUCGUCUGCUGCGCGUCGAUAAUAUAUCGCUCAUUGGCAAGACGCUGGCCGAGGCGCAGCAGAUCAUUAAAUGCGGCCACGUUUCCGGCUACACCAAUCUCACCAUUGAGUACGACGUCUCGGUAGUGCAGAGCGUCGAGUUCUCAAUGGGGCCGCUGCUCAUCGAGAUCGAGCGACCGCUGAAUGAUAAAUUGGGCCUGGUGCUGUGCAACUAUACGAGCUCCGCCGCCAGCUCCGCAGGCGCCGCCACCAGCACUGACAAAAUAGACGAGGUUGCCCAAUCGGGCAUCUAUAUUGCCAGCAUACUACCCGCCAGUAUUGCCGAUCGCUGCGGCGCCUUAUCAGUCGGCGAUCAGGUGCUCUCCAUUGAUGACACAAUGAUCGAGCACACGGCCUACAGUCCCGACGAGGUCAUGACCAUAUUGGACACCAGCACUGGACGCGGCUACACUCAGAUGCAGAUCAUGCCGGCACAUGCGCUCGCGCGACGCGGUCACACGACGCUGGGCAGCCCCAAGUAUAGCUUCAGCACGCUGGAAUCACGCAAGUCCACGGGCAGGCAGCGCCAGCGUUUCGUGCGCAAGAGCUCCCUGCCGCUGGAGGGGAACGGAGGUGGUGCCGGGCACACAAGCAGCUUGGGCCUGUGCCGGGCGGAGAGUUUUCCGGUGCUGCUGGACUGCAGCCAGGGCGCUGGCAUUGUGCUGGGCGCAGCGAGCAGCUGCGGACGAGCCGUCAGCAUUGCCCAGAUCCUGCCCGACUCGGUGGCCGAUCGCAGCGGCUGCAUCCAGCCGGGCGAUCGCAUUGUGGCCAUCAAUAAGAUGUACAACCUGGACGCGGCUGCGAUGCGCCAGCUGCUGGACGGACGCGCCGGCAGCGGUGCGCCCGCUGCGGCAAACUGGCUAGAGCUGGAGGUGGAGUUCGACAUGUCCGAUGCGGUGGUGCCCUCCAGCGGUGUCUUCAACGUGAAGCUGCUCCGCGCGGCCAAGUGCGGCCUGGGCCUUAGUGUGAGCGGCUCCAGUCAUGCGGGUCUGGUCAUAUCCGAUGUCAAAAUGGGCAGUCCCGCCCAUCGCUGUGGCUCGCUGCGACCGGGCGACAUACUGCUCGCCGUGGAUCAGCAUCCCGUGCAGCAUUUCAAUGUGGAUGCCUUGCUGAAGGAGCUGCCCACGCCGACGCCGACGCCGACGAGCAGCGCGGACUACACCACGCUGACCAUCAAGCGGGUGGUGCUGCCCGACUUUCUGCCCAGCCCCAUCUACAGCAAUUGCACCACCAGCACCAGCGGCGCCGUGGUCGCCGGCGAGAAUGAGCUCUACAGCAGCGCCUAUGUGGCCGGCAAGUAUGGCGAGGGCAAGUACAACGAUUGCGUUUCGCUCAAGUCGAGCACGCCGCAGCCGGAUUACUUCCGCGGCGCCAGCCUGGACGAGACGGGCAGCCUGCAGUCCGUGCAGCUGCGGCAUGCGGCGCCAAAUGGAGGCUGGCCGACGGGCAAUGGCUGCUCGAACAGUCGCUCCUUUGCCGGUGCGCCGAACACACAGAGUCUGACCACGGAGCUGCCCGUUGAGGAGGAGGACGAACAGGAUGAGGAUGAUCAGCAACAGCCGCAACAGCAUCACGCCCCAUACGCCGGAUACGAGUUGAAUCGCUAUGCCAGCGUGGACUGCACGGCCUUGCCGCCGCCCAUGGAGAGCAAGGUGUACGGCUCGGCGGCCAGUUCGAGCAGCAAGAGCAGCGGCAGCAGCCUGCAUCAGAUCAUCUUUACGGUGCGCCUGGAGCCCAAGGGCGGACUCCUGGGCAUAACGCUGGCGGGCAGUGAGGACAUCACCAAGCCCAUAACCAUAAGCGGCCUGGUGGAGGGCGGCAUUGCGCACAAGAACGGCCAGAUCCAUGUCGGCGACCAGCUGCUGGCCAUCGAUGAGCACUCCGUGCAGGGCAUGCCGCUCUCGCAUGCCACCAGCCAGCUGCACAAUCUGGGCGACCUGGUCGACCUGAAGAUACUGCGUAGCCAUGACAUCAACAACAGCGCCAGCGGCAACUGCAGCCUGCCGGCCAACCAGGCGAUCUAUGCCAAGGUACAGCGUCGCCCGCGCAGUCCCUCGGCCAACACCGAGGCAAGCAACAGCAAUGCCAAGGAUCAGCAGCAGCAGCAGCAGCAGCGCGUGUUCCAUGUCACACUUUACAAGGAUAAAGUCUAUGAUGACUAUGGCUUCUCCGUCUCGGACGGGCUCUACGAGCGCGGCGUCUUCAUCAAUCGCAUACGGAGCGGCGGACCCGCGGACAUGUGCGGCCAGCUGAAACCCUUCGAUCGCAUCAUGCAGGUCAACGAGAUGAAGACCCAGGACUUUGACUGUUGCCUCACCGUGCCGCUGAUCGCCGCCGCCGGCGACAAGAUCGAGAUGAUCAUGCAGCGCUCCGAGUGAGCGACGAUCCAUGUUUCGCUCGAGAGGCCCAAAGUUUCUGUCUAUCUUUUCUUUUCUUUACUAUUUUUUUUUUUUAAUCUUUAACUAGUUGUAUCUUAAGUAUCUUAAAGCUAAGUGCCAUUUUUUUUUUGUAUCUAACCGCCGAGUUCCCUUUCCGGAUGCAAAACUGAUCUGAUCAUCGACCCAAACCCACCCACCCACUUUCUGAUAUGCCUUGACUAAUUUUAGCGACAAUAAGUGCCAAGUGCCUGCAAGUUUUUUUUUUUAUAAUAAUAUAUAUAUAUAUAUAUACACAUAAUUAUAUAUAUAUACAUCUAUAUAUAUAGCGAGAGAUUAAUAUACCAACGAUUGUCUAACGUAACCAAAUAAAAAAAAAAGGGAGAACAUUUCAUCAUUAAAUAGCUCCAUACGAAAAUAAUCCAUA